AUGAAGGAGCGGAAAAGGUUUGGAGGCAGGAACUCUUGUUUGUUUAUGGGUGUUAAUUGUUACCUUCAGUGUCCAAGCAUGCAACUAGUGAAGGUAGGGAAAGGAGUGGAGGAAAGUAAGGGGAAAAAACUUGGGGUUAUUUUUCCAUUAUGA